AUGGCGGCGGAGAAGGCGGGCGGCAGCUUCCUGGAGGCGGCGGUGAAGAUCAGCCACACGUCCCCCGACAUCCCGGCCGAGGUGCAGCUGUCCAUGAAGGAGCACCUGCUGCGGCGCACGCGCAUCUCCCGCCAGACCACCGAGCCCGCCUCCUCUAACAGGCACAGCUCGUUCAAGAAGCACCUCCCGCGCCAGAUGCACCACGUGGCCAGCCUGGACGGAGGGACGGACUUCCUGGACGCGGAGGAGAAGCGCCUGGGCCUGGGCCGGCUGCAGCCAGAACUCUACCAGCAGAGCGGCGUGGAGGCUGACCGCGCGGCCGACACCGACCCCGGCAAGAACUGCGGCAAGAUCAACUUCUCGCUCAAGUACGACUACGAGGCCGAGCAGCUGCUGGUCACCAUCGUGCGCGCGCUGGACCUGCCCGCCAAGGACUUCUGCGGCAGCUCCGACCCCUACGUCAAGAUCUACCUGCUGCCCGACCGCAAGCGCAAGUUCCAGACGCGCGUGCACCGCAAGACGCUGCACCCCACCUUCGACGAGGCGUUCCAGUUCCCCGUGCCGUACGCCGAGCUGGUGGCCUGCAAGCUGCACCUGAGCGUCUUCGACUUCGACCGCUUCUCGCGCCACGACAUGAUCGGGGAGGUCAUCCUGGACAACCUGUUCGAGGAGUCCGACCUGUCCCGCGAGACGUCCAUCUGGAGGGACAUCCAGUACGCCACCAGCGAGAGUGUGGACCUCGGUGAGAUCAUGUUCUCCUUGUGCUACCUGCCCACGGCUGGUCGACUCACUCUCACCGUGAUCAAGUGCAGGAACCUGAAGGCCAUGGACAUCACUGGCUACUCAGACCCCUAUGUGAAGGUGUCUCUGAUCUGUGACGGCCGGCGUCUGAAGAAGAAGAAGACGACCAUAAAGAAGAACACGCUCAACCCCGUGUAUAACGAGGCCAUCAUCUUCGACAUCCCCCCCGAGAACAUGGACCAAGUCAGCCUGCACAUCUCCGUCAUGGACUACGACCUGCAAAGUUACCACUGGAACGAGAUGCUGGCGUAUCCACGGAAACCCAUCGCACACUGGCACCCUCUUCUGGAGGCCAAGAAGUCUGAGAAAGAGUGGAAGGCUCGUACGGCCAGUUUUGACAGUCAGGGUUCUUGCCCCUCCCCCCGCCUCCCUUCCAGCCCUUGAGGGGCGGAGCCUGGUGGAAACCACACCCCCUUCACGGAGCCCCUCCCCCUCCCAGUUGCUGCUGAGCUCCAGAGGAUGUGACAGACAGCUGAGUCGCCCAAUGGGAGCAGCGGCCUGCCUGCCUGUCCAACGACAGACACCAUAGGCCACACCCCUGCACACACUGCUGUGUGUGUGAGAGACACUAGUUGUGUGUGUGUGUGUGUGUGUGUGUGUGUGUGUGUAUGGGGGUGGGUUUAAAGUGCACAGCUGGAAUAGUUGCCACAUGUCAUGUACAGUGUGAUCGUGAUGUUUUGGUUUCUUGUGUACAUUUUGAGAAGUUUAUGUUUAUGUACAAAUCUGUGCAUCGGCUUUCUGUUGUGUUGUGCUGCCAAGUGCUCGCCAUGUUCUAAAGACUCCUCGCCAUGUUCUAAAGACUCCACGCCAUGUUCUAAAGACUCCUCGCCAUGUUCUAAAGACUCCACGCCAUGUUCUAAAGACUCCACGCCAUGUUCUAAAGACUCCUCGCCAGCUCUCCCGCAUUUAGACCCUCCAGAGUGAACAAAGCACAGGGCCGUGGCACACACUCUAACUGAUGUGUGUGUGUGUGCAUUUUAUAGACUCAGAAAAAAAGGAACCACAGAAAUGUUCUGUAAGGUUGUCACGGUAACAAGGCUCCUCUGAUGUGUGUGUGAGCUUCUGAGAGUGUGUGACUCUUGGCUCGGUUGAUGUGACCUGCCUGGUCUAGUGUGUGUGUGUGUGUGUGUGUGUGUGUGUGAUCUGCAGCGUGACCCAGAGGCCUCUACUGAUGAGGGCGGCGCCGCUCCACUGGACUCCUGUCUGGACAUGUUCUGCACCUCGG